AUGGCUUUUCAGUUUCUCAUGCAGAAAUGGAUCCCAUCAUCUGCUGUUUACUUGGAAAUGUAUGCCAGAGAUCAGAGUGAAGGAUUCCACUGUCGAGAAGAGUGUCGGAUCCUUGGCCAUUCUGACCGAUGCUGGAUGCCCCGGAAUCCUGCCCCCGCCCGGGCCAAAUCUCCUGAACAUGGAAGGAACGUCAUGUCCCUCUCUAUAGGAGCUUCCAGUGUGGAUACAGAGCUUUACGAAGACUCUAGCGCAAAGAGAACUUUUGCCACUUUUGGCAAAGACAGGAGUGAACCCGUUUCUGAGGAGCGGGGGCCAGUCACUGUCAAAGGUAAAAGGACAUUGGAUCCACCCAUCUGUAGCCCAAAGGUGAACGGGGCCGUCCGGGAGGCUGGGAACGGUUGUGAAGCUAUCAGUCCCAUCACCUCGCCCGUCCAUUUGAAGAGCCCCUCGUCCAGCAAAGCGUUGGUGUCCUACAGCAUAUUUCACUGCCCGUCCAGUCGCGACUUAGAGCCGUUUGUAACCAACGGUCCCUCCAGGCCUAUGGAAGCAGAGCCGAGGGGCUCAGACAGUGAGACCACAGUGCAUGAAAUUAACCCUCUUCUACAAGAAUGUAGGGAGAAAGACUCACCCGGCGUGAAGAGGCUAAAGGAUAUUGUACUCUAA